GCCUCUUUUGGAAAGGGGGGUUUCCCCUCUAACCUAGGUUAGAAUGGUCAAUUGGAUUGUUAAGCACACACAUGCACAAUCAUCAUGAAAAAUACCUCAAUCAUUAAACUAAACAACACCCACAAACAAUCAUUCAAGUCACAAUACAACUACAUGGCAAAUAGUUAGACUUUCACAACACCCAAGUGAAAAAAGUACUACUCCAUGCUAGAAAGGGUAAGAACACAAGAGAAAGAAAUAGAAACCAUUAUGGUGAUGCCUCCAAUCUCCUUUGAGCUUUUGUUGAUCUUCUCUUAGGGAGAUUCUUCCCAAUUCACCACUUGGAGCAAACCCUAUAUUCUUUCUUCCUUGGUUCGUCCUUUCUCUCUCUAAAAUCCGAAGAAGAUACUUUCUCAAUCUUGGGGCUCUCUUUCUCUCUUCCUUUCAGAUCACAUUAUAUACUGGGAUCGGGCUCAGUUCACGGCCUCAGAUUACGGCAAUGCGUCCGUGAACUCAGAGUGCUGUGUCGAAAUGCACCGCUUCAAUCACAUGAGUUCACGGUUUGCACUCAAAGUUCACAGUCUUGUUGACCGUGAACUCGCCUUGCGUCAAUAACUGUAGAAUUCUCCCUGGACGCUUCGCGGUUCACGGUUUUGGGCUUAAGUUAACGGUCAUAGGAGACCGUGAACUCUAAUGGGAAACCAUGAACCUUGCCUGAAUUACCCUCUUUGCCCGGUCUUUGCCCCCUUUCGUCCAACUUUCGACUUUGGGGCUGGUUUCAACUGCUGGAUCCUGAAACACACUAUAACGCACAAAAAACUAGCGUAAAACCACCAUUUUAGGAGUUCAAAUGCUUCAAACACCCAAAGGAAACGGGGAUAAAAUGUGUGCAAUUAGACCCGAAUCACUCCCCCACACUUAGACAUUUGCUUGCCCCAAGGAAACCAUUUCACUCAAGGUAAUAUCUCAACCUAUCAAAAUUCUUUGGGACAUAUCAAAGGGCACAAAGUGGCGAAUCUCAAAUGGCUACUGGCAAUUAACACAAGGAUCGUAACAAGCAAUAUCGACAUCCACCACAAACGACAUUUGAGGCUACCAGAAACGGGCAAAUGAAAAGUUCUCACCUUGUUCAUGAAUCAAUGCAAGUUUCAACAAGAUCACUUACCAAACACAACUAACCAUGCAUAGAGUUCAAGUCCAAGGAACAAACGGAUGGGAAACAAAGGUCCUCACCGAGGUAUGAUAUGACAUGCAAAACAAGAAUGAAUCGCUUACUCUCUUGGCCAUUGGGAUCGGGGCCUUUUUGUGCAAAGAAUGUGCACAAUCAUCAACUCUCGGCCCUAUCAUCUCAACACCAUGGCGGCAACCUCUAAACUCUAGAGUUCACGGAAUGGUUGUCAUCACUAGCUAGUCCGGAGGUCAUACACACGAGUUCAAAUGACUGGCGAUUGUCUUGGACAUGGGGAAAAUGCUUUUUGGGUGAUGGCAAACACAUCAUGAGACCCUACAUCUUCACCCUAAAACUGAAGGUUCUAUGGUUUUGACUAAGAACCUUCCUUACAAACAACGACCACUAGCAUCGGCCAAAACCCUUGCUUUUCCCUUCCAAACUAUCACCCAUCAUGAACUUCCCAUAAGCGCUCUUCCUCGGUCUACUCUUGCUAUCACAUUUCGAAUUGGUAGUGAAGAAGUUCUAAGACAAUGUGGAGGUUUCAAUGGCUUGUGUGCCAAGAAACCUCACCUAGAGCAUACUCUUUGAUUCCUUGUGGCACUCUCUACUUUAUUCACCUCGUUUUAUUACCUCUUUUUCGUUUCUCUAUCUUUUUCUUUCUUUCUACUUUCCUUUCCUUUUCUUUUCUUUUUGAGGGGAUACUAGAGAGUUAAACAUUUUCCACACUACUUUUAACGAUCAAAGCUCUCUUUUUAAGACUCACUCCAACACUACUCUUCCUUUCACUUACGUUCCUAGCAAGAACCGCACACAAUCCUCUUAUGUAAAACCUCAAUGGAGCUCAAAGGCGAGAGCUCCGGGACACAAGGAUGACACACGUAUAGACAUGAAGAAAGGAUGGGGGUCAUUCUAUCAACACCAUUAAGCUCACAAGAAAAAAGUUCCUAACAUGAGAACGACCCCGAAAGUCACAAGGCUCAAAGGGGUUGACUAGUGGAUAAAUUAUUUCGGGACAAUCAACAUUUGGGCGUGGACUAAUCCUAUGCCUCCAUCAUACUCGCUAGUGACAACUGUGAUGUUACUCGCCAUGGUAAGAGGGAUUUAAGCACACAAAAAGAAAACGAUCGACUCAAAGCUCACAUGGCUACCUAGUCACCCAUCCAUCUAUUCCAAUUCACAAAGCAACAUGCAUGGCAAUUGUAAUCAACAAGUAAUCGAGUCAAAACAUCCAUUGAUUUUUGCACACAUGAGAACUAAACAUUUGCACUAUCCUAAUUCACCUCUCAAUAAUCAUCAUAGGAAGUACUCGAUCACAUGCAACAGUUCAAUGUCAAAGCCAAUAACCACAAGAUUCUCCUACAAACUGGCCACUUUGAUCACGCAAAUAUUGCUUGGAGCCCUCAAAAUUUUCAAAUUUGGGCAUAAAUCAAGGCUCCAAACAUUAAUCACACUCACACAAGCAUAAUAAUAGACUACCCCUCCAAACACUUAAGCUCGACAUUGCCCUCAAUGGCGUAAUAUAAGGGUAGAACGACGUUAUCGCUUUGCUUGGUGAGUGAAAGUUGGAAUUAUUUCAAGGGGUAGGAGAUUUGGAGCUUCAAGGAAAAGACAAAACACACACACACAAACACAAUAUGACUCGCUCAAGGCGAGGUUAUUACACAACACAAUACGAUAGUAGUAGAAGUACAAACUUGCUAACCUUCGUUGGGUUGGCUCCCAACAAGCGCUACUUUAACGUCGUUAGCUAGACGGAGACUCCGGAUCAAGCAUCUUGUAGUAAGACCACCUCCUUUUGAGACGUUACCUCUCCUCCAAUGUAACGUUUGAGGCGGUGUCCAUUCACUUUGAAAGUUCCUUUCUCUCGGUGGGAGAUCUCGACCACCCCGUAUGGGAACACUUGUGUUACCACAUACGGGCCGACCAUUUCGAUGUAACUUCCUUGGGAAAAAUCGCUACCGGGAGUUGUAUAAGAGUGCUUAGUCUCCCUGUUGGAAAUCAUAAUGUAUUAACUAUAUCAAUACUAAUAUGGUAACGAGUGAAGUCAAAUCUCGUCUACUAAGCAAAAAUAUCUAACUUUUAUCCCCGUGAAACCUUUUAUCUCAUGCUAAAUUCCCAAUUAUUCCCAUAUUACCUACUCAACUCCAUAUUCCUAUAAAAACACAUCAUAUAUAAUACAACACCCAAUUUCAUAUAAUAUUUUAUAGUUCAAACAUGUUUCUCAUACUACUUCAAUAUCAUCUAUGUAUAUGUGCUCAAAUGUAUAACCAAUCAUGCCAUUAAAAUCCAAUCUUGCUCAUCUAUACAUAUAUAUUUUACUCUCAAUCCUAUAUCCACAACUACAUAUUUCAUAUAAAGAACCAUAAUUCAUCGUGUAUAGCGCACAUCAAUGUUCCAUCGAGUAUAGCACGCAUAAAUGUUUCCUUUCAUAGUAAUAUCAUAACCAACAUACACAUGUACAUACAUACAUACAUAUUCACAGAUUGAAACCUUUUAUCUCAUGCUAAAUUCCCAAUUAUUCCCAUAUUACCUACUCAACUCCAUAUUCCUAUAAAAACACAUCAUAUAA